GUGAAGCGCUACGACCACAGAGGCUUGACUAAAUGGGCUCUUUCAAUUCUUUCGGCGCCCGAAGGGAAAAAAUACGAUAGAAAAUACAUUAUUUCGCCUCAGACACUCCAUGUCAACGUCCAAUAACUCAGAAUCAUAGAAUAUCGAUUAAUUAUCGAACCUGGAAAUGAGGAAUUGCUGCAUUUGCAGUGCAGAAAGUGCAGCCUACAAAUGUCCGACGUGCAGACAACUCUACUGUUCAUCGGCUUGUUGCAGAUCCCACAAAUCAUCACCCUGUUCUCCCCCAGAAGCACCAGAAGCUCGUGGAGAUGACGCAAAACCCCCCAGAGGAUAUGACUUUCCAACAGAAGACACUGUCCCCCCACAAAAACUCGAGCAAUUGCGUGAUAAUGAAGAUGUGAAGGAGUCCCUGAAGAAUCCCCACGUGAGAGACAUUGUCCGGGCAAUUCUGAACGACUCGGACCCCACGAAAGCCAUUGCUCUAGCCAUGACUGAACCCAUCUUCGUUGAACUCGCUGACGCAUGUCUCAAGGUCGUAGAACCUCAGGAAAGCCCCACGUGACGAGACAAAAAUUCUUGAUUAUCCAAUUAUUGUUCAGAUAUUAAAGAUUUUUCAUCAAUAAGAAAGAGAAAUCGAUGAAGUGAAAUUAUUUCCUUUAAACUCUUCAUUUUAUAUUUUUUC